UGGGAGCGCUUCCGGCGCGCGGGGCGGUGCGUUCAGCGGCGCGACCGCUCGGUUCCGUGUUGUGCCGUGCCGUGUGAGUCGCCCUCUUCCCGCGCGUGGGGCGGAUCGCUAGGCAACGCCGGGGCGAGAGGACGAGAGGGGCGGCUGCGGAGCCGUGCGCGGCCGUGAGGGGAGCGCGGCCGCGAUGCGGCCCGGGGCUGCCCAGCGGCCCUCCGCGCUGUGAGCGGGUCAGCCCAGCCCCGAGCGCCAUGGCCCUCGCCGGCAGGACGGCCAUGUGGUGGGCCCGUCUGCGGAGCCCCUGCCCGUCCGCCGCCCCGCUCUGCCUGCCUCCCUGGCUGCUCGCGUGGCCGGCGGCCUGCGAGCGUCUGUACAGCUCCCGCGGCAAGGAAAAAUUAGAUAUGUCGACGUAUCCUGUUGAAAACAUUAGAAACUUCAGUAUUAUAGCUCACGUAGAUCAUGGCAAAAGUACGCUAGCAGACAGAUUGUUGGAAAUUACAGUGGUUGGAACUGUGAGCCAUGCAGCUGUUCUCCAGUGACAGGAGGUGAAGUUGCUUUAAACAUCAAAAUUAUUUAGCACCAAGUGGAACUUCUGCUACUUCUUAAUCUGGUGUUUUGUAUCCUGCUUAUUCAGGAAAGUAUUUUAUAUAACUUUAUAUGUAAAAAAAUAUUUCAUAAAUGUUAAGAGUUGAGGCAUAAUUUUAUUUUUGAAGUUUAGCCUAAUCAGAUGGACAAGCUUCAUCUGCAGCUGCAAGUCCCAUGUUCUUCUGGUUAAUAGCACUUUCAAGAAUUAUUUAUUUUGAGAGCUUAUCUACUAAAUGAGGUAAGAAAACUGUUGUGGUGUUGGUUUGUUGUUUUUUUUUUUUUUUAAUUUUAGGAACAAUUGCUAAAACGGCCCAUAAUAAGCAAGUGCUGGAUAAACUGCAAGUUGAACGUGAAAGAGGAAUUACAGUUAAAGCACAAUCUGCAUCUCUCUUUUACAAUCAUAAAGGAGUAAACUACCUCUUAAAUCUUAUUGACACGCCAGGCCAUGUAGAUUUCAGCUACGAAGUAUCACGGUCGCUGUCUGCCUGUCAAGGUGUGAUACUUGUAGUGGAUGCAAAUGAGGGUAUUCAGGCUCAGACAGUGGCAAACUUCUAUCUUGCUUUUGAAGCACAGCUUGCAAUAAUUCCUGUCAUAAAUAAGAUUGACUUGAAGCAUGCAGACCCUGAAAGAGUUGAAAAACAAAUUGAGAAGCUGUUUGAUAUCCCUAUAGAUGAAUGUGUGAGGAUAUCUGCUAAACAAGGAACAAAUGUUGAAAAAGUUCUUAAGAAGAUCAUUGAGAAGAUUCCACCACCCCAAUGUAAUACUUCUGAUCCUUUGAAAGCUUUAGUAUUUGACUCCACCUUUGAUCACUAUCGAGGUGUCAUAGCUAACAUUGCACUCUUUGGUGGGGAGAUUCAGAAAGGGCAUAAGAUUGUGUCUGCACACACAAAGAAAAGAUACGAAGUUAAUGAAGUUGGAAUUCUGACUCCAUAUGAACACCCGACACAUAAGCUAUAUGCUGGACAGGUGGGCUACGUGAUUGCUGGAAUGAAAGAAGUAACAGAAGCCCAAAUAGGAGACACACUGUUUUUGUAUAAACAACCAGUGGAGCCUUUGCCUGGCUUUAAGUCAGCGAAACCAAUGGUUUUUGCAGGAAUGUAUCCUGUAGAUCAAACAGAAUAUAAUAAUCUCAAAAGUGCUUUGGAAAGGCUGACAUUGAAUGACUCCAGUGUAACUAUUCAUCGUGACAGUAGCCUUGCCUUAGGAGCUGGAUGGAGGUUGGGUUUCCUUGGUCUUUUACAUAUGGAAGUCUUUAAUCAACGUUUGGAGCAAGAGUAUAACAUGUCUGUUAUUUUGACUGCACCUACAGUUCCAUAUAAAGCUAUUCUUUCCUCAGCAAAGUUGAUAAAGGAGUAUGGUAAAGCAGAGAUUACUAUUAUCAACCCCGCUCAGUUUCCUGAUAAAAUUUCAGUAUCACAAUAUUUGGAGCCAACUGUUCUUGGUACUAUUGUAACACCUCAGGAAUACAUUGGGAAAAUAAUUGUUUUGUGUCAGGAUCGUAGGGCAGUCCAGAAGGAUAUGUUGUACAUUGAUGAACACAGGGUUAUGCUAAAAUACCUCUUUCCACUGAAUGAAAUUGUGUUGGAUUUUUAUGAUGCUCUUAAGUCUCUGUCUUCUGGUUAUGCAAGUUUUGAUUAUGAAGAUGCAGGAUACCAGGCAGCAGACCUUAUCAAAAUGGAUAUUCUUCUAAAUGGAAAUCCAGUUGAAGAACUGGCAACUGUCGUACACAAUGAUAAGGCAUAUGCUACUGGUAAGCUCUUGUGUGAACGUUUAAAAGAUGCUAUACCUAGACAGUUGUUUGAAAUAGCCAUCCAGGCUGCUAUUGGCAAGAAGAUCAUUGCAAGAGAAACGCUGAAAGCUUACAGAAAAAAUGUUGUGGCAAAAUGUUAUGGUGGAGACAUUACAAGAAGAAUGAAGCUUUUAAAGAGGCAGGCAGAAGGGAAGAAGUUGAUGAGAAAAAUUGGUAACGUAGAAGUACCGAGAGAUGCCUUCAUACGUGUUCUAAAGAGAGAACCUGAGAAGUAGGGAUCGGUGACAUGCAGCUGAUUCUUCUCUCUACUUUUUGUAGACAGUAGUAUAAUGAGCUAAUGUAUCGCUGUGAGAGGGAACAUAUUUGACUUUAAAUAGUGUAAAUUAAGUAUAUGGGGGAACAUAAAUUGAAAGGACUAUAUACUUAAAAUGUACAGAUAUUUGUAGAUUAUUAUGAAAUUAAAGUAAUUUGACUUGACUGGAUUGAA